AUGCAGCAGGCAGCGAGGCAGGGCAGCGAGGCAUGGCAGAACAUCAUGCGUUGCCGCGGCUGUCAGAGCUGCUUCGCCCCGCGGCGCGGGUCCGGGUUCGACCUGGGCGAGCAGUGCGCAGUGCUCUCCUUCGGCAACCCCUUCCCUCUCCGAAAUCCCAACAACUCGGAGGAGCGCAGGGCGUGCGUCAAGGAGUUUGCUGAGCUGCUGCGGGCUAGCCCUGCGUUCGCGGCACGCAUCCGGCGGGAGCUCGCGGGCUGCUCUCUCGCAUGCUGCUGCUCCUCGUGCUCGGACCCGUCGAGGCGGCGCCUCUGCCACGGCCACGUCCUCUUCUACGUGGCCAACUGCUCAGACGACGACUUCGACGCCUUCCUCGGGCCCGGGCCGGACGGCGACGACGAUCCCGUGGUGAACACCACCGCCCUCCACGCCUGCCUCCUUCAGCACGAGGCGCAGGCCUCCGCGCUCGACGACCACUGGCAGCGCUGCUGCGGCGUGUCUGCGGAGGACGGCGCCGUGCAGCUGGCCGACGCCCUCGCCGGAGAGAUGCCUGGCAGCGCGGAGGCCUUCGCCAAGGAGGACGAGCGCUACUUCGGCCCGCCGACACGCGACGCCAUGGCCUUCGCUGGGGGCGUCCGCGCGCAACUACGGAGCUCGACGCCUUCGUGCAAGAACCACAAGUGCUGGCGCGAGGCGAUUCGGUUCGUCGCAGUCAGCCAGGAGGGGGCUGGCGCCUUCCUGAAUGCGAUCCCCAUGCGGGAUGAUAUGAAGAUGGAGACGUGGGCGAUGCGCAUCACAGUUCAGCGCCGCCUCGGCCUCCCGCUCGAUGUUGCCUGCCAGGCGGUGGAGGCAGGCAAGAAGGCGCCAAACGGCAAGCCGCACGAAGAACUCGGCGAUGCCGCAAUGGUCAACCCGCGUGCGAAGCACGCGACACGACACAAAUACCUGCUCAAACGACUCGUCAAGACCCUUCGCUCGGCGUGGGGCAUGCUCAUCGAGAUGGAGCCGACUGCACACCUCAGUUACAGUAACCCAAAACAACCUGACGUGGCGGCGGCGAACAUCGGCAAAGGGCAUGUGCGCCUCGUUGGCGACUUGAAACUCACGAGCUCGCUUACGUGCAAGGGUGGCGAUCGGCUCGGCUGGAAGGGGGCUUUUGUCGCCUUCGGCAACACCGAGCGGGCGCUGCUCGACUUAGUGUUAGGGCAUGCUGCAUGGCCGCGGCCGGAGGGGGGGGGGGAGGGGGGGAGGGAGGCGGAGGAUGCAGAGGCGGAGGCGGCGGCGGCGGAAGAGGAGGAGGGGGAGAGUGAGGGGGAGGCGGAGGCGGGGGCACCUGUGACGGCCCGCUACGAGAAGGGCGAGUACCGGUUCGCGCGGGAGAAGAAUUGCGACCUGCGUUUGCUCGACUUCGAGACGUUCGGCGGCUUCGGGGACGGCGUCCGCAGAAUUCUUCGGCAGGCGGCGGACCAGCUGAGUAACAAACUUUCGCACGCUCAGCACCUCGAUGAGGUCACAUGGACCACCAAGAACUGGCACGGGCUGCAGAUGCAGCGCUUGUCUGUCGUUCUCCACACCGCCGUGGCGUGGCAGACGGUGAACGAGCUAGCGUGCGGGGACAGCGGCAUUGUGCACGGAGCGAAGUGCAUUGCCGUUCUUAACGGAGUCGCUUAG